AUGUAUUAAUCUAGUAUUGAUUAGAACAUUAUAUAAUCUACAACAGUUAAAACAAUCAAAGAACUCAAAAAACUAGGAGAUUCAAGGAUUAAUUUAGAAGCUGAGGAUAAUGAAAUUAAUGAUUCUACUGUAAGUGGAAAAAACUCUCCUGGUGGAGAUACAUCAAAAACUUAGCAUACAAAAAAUUCAAUAAUUAAAAAUCCAAAGUUUAAAUUCAAUGCUUAGACAUAGAAUCGUAUUGUCUCUAUGAAAUAGACUAUCAAUAAAUAAACUGAAGAAGCUACAGAAUAAAGUAAUGGAUUCAGAAGAGCCUCUUUAAGAUAAGGUUCAAUCAAACCUUAUAAAGCUAAUACUUAAUUAUAAUUAUAAUUAUAAGAAAAUGAUCCUGUUGAUUUGAAUAAUGCAAUUAAUUUAGUUUUAACAAAAUGCAAGAAUAUUAGAGAUGAAUUUGAAGAAUUAUAACUUACAAAUACUUUGAUUAACAAAUUUAUUAAAAAUGACAAACAAUUUCAUUUUACAUUUUAAGCUUUUCUUGAUGAUUUAGUAGUAAAAGGAAAACUAUCUCAAAAUUUAACUAAUAUAUAAAAACCAAUUUUACAAAAAAUUGAAUAAUUUACUAUAAAUCAUGUUAAAAGAUGUAUUUAAAAAUCUUAGAUUAAUCAAUAAUAUGAAGAAAAAUCAAAGCAUGUUGAUACUUUAUUUAAUCGAUACUAUAGAGAAUUAGCAAAUAUUGAAUAAAAUAUAAAAUACUUUUGA